AUGUCGACUCCGAAGGGCAGGAUUCUUCAUCCCACUGAUGCCUCCGUUAGCAACGAGAAGAUCCAAGCAUUGGUGAAGGAAGGCGCGGACAAAGCUCGAGCAGCUGGCUACGAAGUGCCAUUGACGUUCGUAGAGCCUGUCGACCUUUCGGCAUCUAUGACUGCUCUUAGACAGAGUCUGCAGUCAGGGGAUUGGGAUGCCUUGAUUGUUAGUGGUGCCCUUGGCGUAACCCCAGCUUACACACCACAAUUCGAGCGGACGAUCAACAUGCUGCCCCGAAAACAAGAAUACUCUUCCAGACGGGCCUGGAGAUAUCUACGAGACAAUCCAGAGAGGUCUUGA